AUGUACGCCGUGUCGAAACCUGUGCGCACUAUGCGUCAGUCAAUUAGCUUGACGGUUUUGAAGACCCGCAUGUCAUCUAGCUGCAGUGUGCCCGUGCCUCUGUCCGUACUUGACCCUAAGGGAAGUCCUACGAUUGAUCAAACCUAUGAGAAAAUUGAAAAGAAUCUUUUUACCGUGCGAAAGACCAACGGCAAUAAGCCGCUGACGCUAGCCGAGAAAAUCAUUUACGGCCAUUUGGACGAUGCUACAACGAAAGCAAAGCGUGGUGAAACAUAUCUGAAGCUUCGUCCUGACCGCGUUGCCAUGCAAGAUGCUACGGCCCAAAUGGCUGUACUGCAGUUUAUUUCUUCUGGUCUGCCCAAGACAGCCGUACCCACAACUAUCCAUUGUGAUCACUUAAUUACAGCUGAAAAAGGAUCAGACUCGGAUUUGAAUAACGCCAAGAUCAUCAACAAAGAAGUGUACGACUUUUUGUCGUCGGCUGGUGCUAAAUUUGGCAUGGGCUUUUGGAAGCCUGGCAGUGGCAUUAUUCAUCAGAUUGUGCUUGAAAAUUACGCAUUUCCUGGAGGUCUGAUGAUUGGAACAGACUCUCAUACCCCCAACGCGGGUGGUUUAGGAAUGUGCGCCGUUGGUGUGGGCGGUGCUGACGCUGUUGACGUAAUGGCCGGCAUGGCAUGGGAACUCAAGGCUCCUAAGGUUAUAGGUGUAAAUCUCACAGGCAAGCUGUCUGGCUGGACAUCGCCCAAAGACGUAAUUCUUAAGGUAGCCGACAUUUUGACUGUAAAGGGUGGAACUGGUGCAAUUGUCGAGUACUUUGGCCCUGGUGUCGAUUCAAUCUCAUGCACGGGGAUGGGUACAAUUUGUAAUAUGGGUGCGGAGAUUGGCGCUACAUGUUCUACGUUCCCUUACACAGAUCGCAUGGGUGACUACCUGCGUUCAACCAAGCGUAGCGGUAUUGCUUCAGCUGCUGAGUCUUUUCAGGCUAACCUUCGCGCUGACGAGGGCGCUCAUUACGACCAAAUUAUUGAGAUCAAUCUUGACGAGUUGAAGCCGAUGCUUAAUGGUCCAUUUACACCGGAUCUUGGCCAUAUCGCCGGCGCCGACAUGAAGGAAGCAUCAGAGAAGAAUGGAUGGCCCACGAAAUUGAGUGCUGGUCUGAUCGGCUCAUGUACUAAUUCAAGUUACGAGGAUAUGACUCGAUGCGCGGAUCUAGCCAAACAGGCCAAAGAGGCUGGUCUCAAGUUCAAGGUGCCAUAUUAUGUCACUCCCGGAUCAGAACAGGUGCGCGCUACUAUCGCCCGUGAUGGCAUCCUGGAUACGUUUUUAGAGGCUGGGGCUACAGUGCUCGCCAACGCUUGUGGCCCUUGCAUUGGCCAGUGGAACCGUACAGACAUGCCAAUGGGGCAAAAGAAUUCAAUCUUUACAUCGUACAACCGUAACUUUGCUAAGCGGGCUGAUGGUAAUCCAGCCACGCACAGUUUUGUGACGUCACCCGAAUUGGUAACCGUGAGCGCUAUUGCUGGCAUAACUACAUUCGACCCUGCUAAGGAUACGAUCAAGACAGCCGAUGGCAAGGACUUUAAGUUCACUGCCCCUUUCGGAAAGGAGCUUCCUCCUCGUGGCUUUGACCCCGGUGAGGAAACGUUCCAGGCCCCUCCACCAUCUGGCGAGGGUCUUGUUGUAGACGUUGACCCCAACAGCGAUCGUCUCGCUCUCUUGUCUGCAUUCGACGAGUGGAAUGGCGAAGAUCUAACAGAUAUGCCGGUUCUUAUCAAAGCGAAGGGCAAGUGCACCACUGACCACAUUAGUAUGGCUGGUCCCUGGUUGAAAUACCGUGGUCACCUGGACAAUAUCUCGAAUAAUCUGCUGAUCGGUGCCGAGAACGCCGAAACGGGCGAAACGAAUAGUGUAAAAAACCAGUUUACGGGCAAAUUCGACAAGGUACCUGCUGUGGCGCGCCAGUACAAAGCCAACGGCGUUAGCUGGGUUGUUAUUGGAGACGAAAAUUACGGUGAAGGCAGCUCUCGUGAGCAUGCUGCUCUGGAACCACGUCACCUCGGCGGCCGUGCUGUGAUUGUCAAGUCGUUUGCGCGUAUUCACGAGACAAACUUAAAAAAACAGGGUAUGUUGCCGCUGACGUUUGCGAACCCGGCAGACUACGACAAAAUUACGGGUAAUGACAAGGUGGCCAUUCUAGGCCUCAAGUCGUUUUCACCUGGCAAGCCUUUGACACUGCGUGUGACGCCAGCAUCUGGUGAAGCCCCUUUCGAUAUUACGGUGAAUCACACGUUCAACGAGGAGCAGAUCGCCUGGUUUAAGAAUGGUAGCGCAUUGAACUUGAUGAAAAAAAACAGUUUCUAA